GCGAUGGUGCCGCAGCAAUGUAAGAGAUGUUGGAGGCUCUGGAUGAACACCUGUGACCAGGUGCUCAUCAAGCUGGGACGUGAGCCUGACCUGGAGAUUUGCAGCCAUCUGCAGAGGAGACACUACCGUGAGGGCCAGUGCACUUGCAACUGCGGCAAGUGCCAACGGUUCCUCUCAAGGUGA